UUUAUUUUUAAUUUGGCAUUCAAUAAAAAAAUUCUCAAUUUCGUUAAAUAUUUUUGAUAAUGGAAGAAACCGAUAUUUCUGGUCUCGAUACUGAGUUUAAAAGAUACUUACAGAUAAUGAGACCGUAUUUAGGUCUUCUGGAGGACCAGGACACGAUUGAUAUCUGUAACGCUUGGAUCCAACGUCUGUCGAAAUGUAAGAAGAAGGAGAAGUAUUUGCGAAAUAAAUACGUAUUUUCCCUGUGUUUUCAGUUGGCUAAAGGUUCUUUUGAAGAUCCCUUCACUAGAUUCCCCACAUGUGAUAGUCUACCACCCAUAGUUGACGAAGUGAACAGUGAUUCUUCUUCGGAAGUGGAAUACGUUGUGAUCAAUGCAGAUGAAGAAAGCACAAAAUUUAUUUAUGGGAACAAUACGGUUUCAGAAUCAGAAUGUUACUCUCAAAGUCUAGAUUUUGAUCAUGAUCGGGACAGGGUUAGAAAACGCGAAAUCCAUGUACCCAAUCAAACAGUGGUUUAUACGUGUUCUAGUAUACUGAAGAAUAAACAAAAUAAUGAAGAGAUUGAGGAUGAAUACAAAAAUAGAACAAAUAAUUUGAUAAUGAAAUUAAGGGAAAUAAAACUAGAAAACGAGAGACUUCAUAAUGAAUUAGAAGAAUUAAAAGAAGAAGCAAAGACGAGACCUGAAAGUCGCGGAUCUGAUAUGAUUGUCAGAGUUGACAAAACUACCAGUGCAUGUGAACAAGUAAGCGCAAGUCCCUCGGCAGUAUUAUCAUUAAAACUUAAACUGCAAGAAGCUCAAAAUUCUAGAAAUGUUUUGAUAGAAACUAUUAAGCAUUUACAAGAAAAAAUAGAUGAUAUAAAUGAAGUUUAUAAACAGGAGCUAGAAGAAAUAAAAUUAUCACAUGAAUUUGAAAUUAAGAAUUGCAAAUUAGAACUAAAAAAUGAAUUAACAGAAAUUAAUGAAAAAAGGCUGGAGGAACAGAAGGAGAGUUAUGAAAAUAAAUUAAAAGAACUCCAUGAGGUUAUUGAAAUGAAUAAAUGUGGCUUUGAAGCCCAAAAAAGUAUUAUAACAGUUGAAAAGGACAAGAUAAUAGAUGAUAAAGAUAGCGAAAUAUCGCGAUUACAGAAAUUGUUGGAAGAAGAAAAAAAUAAUAUUCAUUCAUUGAUAAAAAGAUUGUCUGACCAAUCUAAAGAAUCUAAAGAAACAGAUAACAGCAGUGAAGUACAAAAAAUAAAGAUUGACCAAUUAGAGAAACGCCUGUACAAAAUGGAGAAAUCUAAAUCGAAGUGCAUCAGAAUGUAUGAGGCUAAAUUGGCCAAUUUGCAGCGAGAGAAGCAUUUGGCCGAGUGUUCGCUUCAGCUCCAAUUAGUCAGACAGAGGGCUCAAAUAAUUACCGAAGUAACCGACGAGAACCAAGCCGAAUUGACAUCAACACUAGACAAAUUGGAAGCUAAGUACAAAGAGAUUGUGGCGAACGUCCAAUCAACAGCUAUUCAAAGAAGGGUGCAGGAUCAAAUUACACUAGACUCCGUUGUGCAGGCCACUAUGAAGACCGAAAAUAUUUCAAACAGUAGAGGCACAAACCGCAGCCAAUUUUCGGGUAGAACUUUGCAAAAUCACAGUCGGGAAGACAAUGGGUUUGAUUGUGAUAUUUCGUCUUUAUUGCGAGGUAAUAAGGUUGGUAAUAUUAUAGUUGGUAAUAAAUCUUUUGGCGAGGAAAGUGUGACGGGUUAUUGCCUUGAUGGCGAAAGAAUGGGACAACUAUUCGAAAGGAUGUAUAUUCCUCAAAGAGACACGAAUGAUGCCCACUUGAAGAAGUAAUACAAAACUAUUUGGCGCCUCUUGUAAUCUGUCGACUGUGACCCAUUAAACGUCCUAUUAAAAUGUGCUUAAAUUACU